UUGGCGACGCCCCCCGACUGCUUUCUCUGAGCAUGUGUCUGUUGUUUCAGUGGCAAAAAGCGGAAUCGCGCGGAACGGUAGCAUUUGCUGCAGAUUUUUGCCAGUCUGUAGCACGUCGUUCCCUUUCUCUCCCCCUUUCCCGGGUACCGUUAUGGUGCUUGCUUUAUACCCCUUUUGUGGCUUUUCUUCCACUCGGUGAGAGCAAAGUUAGGCUGAAGUUCGGAAGAGCAAAUGUGCGGCAACCCCCCAGUUGCAUGUUGCGAGGAGACUCUCUUGUAACGGAGCUGGUGCGGCUCGGAGUUAGCAGCGGGAAACUCUACACACUCACUCCCUGGCAUUAUCGCACGGAAUAAGGCAGGCGGCUGAGAAAACAGCCCGGAGUUUUAUUGCAACCGGCAACCCACCUCCAAUAAAACAUGAAAAUGCCAAGUGGAUCUGAACCAAACUGAAUUCACCGGCUUCCGAAAGAACUCGCCGCCUGCGAGACGGUCGAAACUCACCACCUCCUCCUCUCUCGGUUUUGUUUACUUGCUACAAGAGGCCGGCAACAUGGACGAAGAAAGCCAGCUGGAAAAUGGAGUGGAAAGUGGCAAAGCUACCGACCGGCAGCUUCGCCUGCGAGUCUGUGUGAUGACUGAGAUUUUAAAGACCGAGAAGGACUACGUGGGUUCCUUGAAAUUUCUCAAGUCUUCAUUUCUACAUAGAAACCAUCAGAAUGAUGGGGGAAAGUCAGAAAAGCAGAUCACUGAUGAAGAUCUCAAGAUUUUGUUUUCCAAUAUUGAAGAGAUACUUGACGUCCACAUGCUCUUCCUGGAAGCUCUUGAGGGCCGUUUACAACCAGAACCACAACCUCACCAUGAACUUGGGAAUAUUUUCCUGCAGUUCAAAGAUCGAUUUUGUGUCUACCAAGAAUAUUGUAGUAACCACGAAAAGGCUUUGAGACUUUUAAUCGAAUUGAACAAAAUACCUGAAGUACGCGCCAUGCUUCUGAAUUGCAUGGUUCUGGGAGGCAUGAGGACAACGGACAUCCCGCUGGAAGGCUAUCUGCUCAACCCAAUACAACGAAUCUGUAAAUAUCCCCUACUACUGAAGGAGCUGCUGAAACGGACUCCCAAAAAACACAACGACAAUGUGGCAGUGGAGAAGGCGUUACAAGCUAUGAAAACUGUCUGUACAAACAUCAAUGAAACCAAGCGGCAGAUGGAGAAACUUGAAGCUUUGGAACACUUGCAGUCAUCCAUUGAAGGAUGGGAGGGUUCAAAUCUGACUGAUAUUUGUACUGAACUACUGCAGCAAGGUCCCCUGUUGAAAAUCUCGGCUGGAAAUAUUCAAGAACGAGUCUUCUUUUUGUUUGACAACUUGCUGGUGUACUGUAAAAGGAAGUCCAGGGUGUCCGGUAAGAAGCCGGCCAAACGCACCAAGUCCAUGAACGGGGCCCAGUACAUUUUCCGUGGAAGGAUCAGUACGGAGGUGAUGGAAGUGGAGCACGUUGAAGAUGGAACGGCUGACUACCACAGUAACGGCUACACUGUGACAAAUGGCUGGAAGAUCCACAACACGGCCAAAAACAAAUGGUUCGUAUUAAUGGCCAAAACUGCGGACGAGAAACAGAAAUGGUUGGAUGCAAUUCUGAAGGAACGGGAGCAGAGGGAGAGUCUGAAGUUGGGCAUGGAACAUGAUGCGUACAUCAUGAUCUCGGAGAAGGGAGAGAAACUCUACCACAUGAUGAUGAACAAGAAAGCAAAUCUUAUCAAGGACAGGAGGAGAAAGUUGUCCAUAGUCCCCAAAUGCUUCUUUGGCAACGAGUUUGUCUCCUGGUUGCUGGAGAUUGGGGAGAUCAGUAAAGCCGAGGAAGGCGUGAACCUUGGUCAGGCUCUGCUGGAGAAUGGCAUCAUUCAUCACGUUUCAGACAAGCACCACUUCAAAAAUGAGCUGGUACUCUACAGGUUUCGGUAUGAUGAUGGAACUUACAAACCCAGAAGUGAGAUGGAAGAUAUCUUAUCUAAGGGCAUAAGGUUGUACUGUCGAUUACACUGCCUCUUCACACCGGUAAUAAAAGACCGCGAUCACCAUUUGAAGACGUACAAGUCUGUGGUACCAGCAAGCAAGUUGAUCGAUUGGCUUCUAAUGCAGGGCGAUUUGCAGACCAGAGAGGAAGCGGUCACGCUCGGUGUUGGACUGUGUAACAAUGGCUUCAUGCAUCACGUGUUGGAGAAAAGUGAAUUUAAGGACGAAUCGCAGUUUUUCCGUUUUUACCCCGAUGAAGAAAUGGAAGGGACAAACUCCAAGAAUAAACAGCUACGUAAUGACUUCAGAUUGGUUGAAAACAUACUUGUGAAAUCCCUCUUGAUUUUCCCUGAAGAAGACAGCUAUGGGUUUGAAAUCGAGGAGAAAAAUAAGGCUGUUGUCGUGAAAUCCGUGCAGAGUGGCUCUUCUGCUGAGGUGGCGGGUCUUCAGGUUGGAAGGAAGAUUUACUCCAUCAAUGAGGACUUGGUGUUCCUUCGGCCCCUGCUGGAAGUGGAUGCGUUUCUCAAUCAGCUGUACUGUAGCCGGAGACCACUGCGCGUGCUGGUCGCUUCCAAGCCCAAAGAGAUCAUCAAAAUUCCCGAUGCAGAAGGACUGUGUUUCCAGAUUCGUGGAGCUGCUCCGCCAUUUGUCCAUGCUGUUCUGAAAGGAUCUGGGGCAGCCGCGGGCGGCCUGCUCCCUGGGCAGUGUAUCUUGAAAGUAAACGGUGGUAAUGUCAGUAAAGACAGCUACACUGCAGUGCUGGAACACUUUACAAGUUGCAAAAGAAAUCCACACCAUUUGCAGAGAAAAGGAGCUGGACUGUGGGUGUACAGGACGGUGGAUGAUGUCGAUGAAGGGACGGCAGAGACAGAGGCCGAAACUAAUUGCCUUGACAGUAUUUCCGAUUUAUCACUGCACGAUAACUUGCGAGAUGCCUCAACUAAUCCAACUAAAAUACUCGAUCACGUUUGUGAGAUCAGGCAGGAAGCGGACCAGCGUUUGAGUACAGAUGGGACUGCACCUCACAUCAGUAUGACUGUGGAUAAUGUGCAUCUGGAGCACGGUGUUAUCUAUGAGUACAUCAGCACUGCAGGAAUCAAAUGUCACGUCAAGGAAAAAAUGCUGGCACCCAGAGGAUGCUUCAAUUUAACGGCAAAGAUUCUGGAAGCUUUUGUGGCUGAUGAUCGUCAGUUUAUAACAAAUUACAGAGGAUUGAUAACCUCCAGAAAUUCCAUGAUCUUUAAGCCCCAGUUUGAGUUCCGACAUCUGUGUGAAGGCAAGCUGGACACCAUCGAACGGAGAAUCACCAAAUACUCUCAGUUUGCCCAGGAAUUGAAAAGCAAAGCUUGGCCGUCCUUCAAGCAAGCAUCCACCAAGUUACACCUGUUGACUGGCACUGAUUUCUGUCCGGCAAACUGCCACGUUAAUGUCAUGGAAGUCUCCUGCCCGAAAAGUACAACCUCUCUUGGAAGAUCUUUCAGCAUACGGUUUGGCCGAAAAAAUUCUUUCCUUGGCUUGGAGCAAGAUCAAGGGAUUCUAAACCCCAUGAGCUACACACGGCACGUGACCACCACCAUGGCAGCUCCCCAGUGGAAUUGUUUCAUUGGGGAAGAUGGAGAAGGUCAUCGGGCACUGGACGUAGAUGAACCACCGAAGGCACAAAAUGGAGUGCCGAUUCAAAAAAGUGCAGGCCUGUGCAACCUAUUGAAGCCUGAAGACAUGGAGAUUCAGGACUCCUUCUUCCAGCUUUUUAAUAAGUUGGAGAUCUCUCUCAAAGAAAUGAAGCAAUACGUGAUGCAGAUAAAUGACUUGCUGUCCUCGAUCACCGGACCUGCCCCGUCCGAGGGGUCCGAGCAGAAUGCGUCCGAGCUUUCACUGCCCCCGUCAAUGGACGACAAUGACAUUGACAAAGCCGAGCACUGUGGCACGAAGAGGGUCUGCUUCGUGGUGAAGGAGGAGGAGCAGAAUGACUCUGGUCACGACACGACCAGCUUCAGGGAUUCCUACAGUGAGUGCAAUAGCAACCGAGACUCGGUGCUUUCUUACACCAGUGACCGUAGCAGAAGCUCUUAUCUGGGAAGCGAUGAGAUGGGAUCAGGGGAUGAACUUCCUUGCGACAUGAGGAUUCCUCUUGAUAAACAGGACAAAUUACACGGUUGUCUCGAACAUCUCUUCAAUCAGGUGGAUUCAAUCGACGCACUCCUCAAGGGCUCAGUUAUGGUCAAGGCUUUUGAAGAGACAAAUGACAUUAAUACAGAAUAUAAUGUACAAGAAUUUCAACAGAAGGUUGACCGGAACAUAAAAUGUAGAAGUAUCAUCCAAACUAACGUGCAGGAAGACCCGUGGAACUUGCCUAGUUCAAUCAACGCUCUGGUGGACAAUGUACAGGAGUAUGUGGAAGAUGGGAAGAAUCAGUUACUUCUGGCUCACCUACACUGUACAGACCUGGAGUUGCAAUUAAGACGGGAUGUUCUCUUCUGCCAGAGCCUUGUCGCAGCCAUCUGCAGCUUCUCCGAGCAGUUGUUGGCUGCUUUGAACCACCGAUACAACAACAAUGGGGAGUAUGAAGAGGAGAGCAAGGAGGCCAGUAAGAAGUGGCUUGAGCAGAUAGCUGUUACUGGUGCCCUUCUCAACUAUCAGUCACUGCUUUCCCCCACUGUGAAAGAAGAACGCAUCAUGUUGGAAGACACCAAGGUUGCUUUGUCCGAUCUGGACAGUGUAACAUUCCACUUUCGAUGCCUGGAGCACGAAUACCCAGUAGCAAAUAACUCUGUCACUUAUCAGGUCGAUGGAAGCCGGCAAGCGCUGAAAGUUAUAUUCUUCCUCGACAGUCAUGAUUUUGCAACGUUGCCUUCUAAGUUUCAGAAUGGGGGAAGUUUAAAGCUGCACGCAGUACUUUUCACUCAAGCUCUCGAAGGUCCGUGUUGUCCAGACAAUGUGGUGGCAGAAGAAUUUCAACAACAGAUCAAUUUAGCAUCUCUUGAUAAAGUUAAAUAUUAUCAUCGGAAAGUCAGGGCAUUCUAUCUUGAACGGUCGAAUUUACCCUCGGAUUCGUCUGCCACAGCUGUAAAGAUCAACAGGUUGCUGCGACCGCUGAAUGCAUUGGAGGAGCUGCAACGACUCAUGGAACUGUACAUCAAUCCCAAAAAUGCAGCAGCCGUGACAAAUGUGAGCGGCAAUGCGUCUGGAGUCGCGGUGCUGCCAAUAUCCUCGGAGCUGUGUAACCGGCUUGGAGCGUGCCAUAUGGUCAUGUGCAGCACUGGCAUACAGAGGAGUACUUUGAGCGUGACUCUGGAACAAGCAGUCAUUUUAGCACGGAGCCACGGGCUUCUACCGAGAUGCAUCAUGCAAGCCACAGACAUAAUGCGAAAACAGGGUGCAAGAGUGGAGAACUCUGCCAAAAACCUCAAGGCAAUGGAUCAGAUGCCCCAGUCUGUACCAAGGCUUUACAGUCUUUGCCAGCCGCCUUCGGAUGGAGAUCUAUGAAAGAUGCUUCGCUGCGGAUUCCUGAUCCUUCAGAGAAUUGGAGCUGCUGGGAUGUGGUCAACUUGUGGCGUCUGUGUUUCGUUAAACCAAGCUCUGGCGUGUCUACGUUUGCACAGUAAUACAAUAGCGGUGUUGCAAGCUGCAUUGGGACUGGAGUCACUUCAUGUACAUCCAUUUAUAUCAAGCUGUUUGACUUCCUCUGCCAGCUCGUGGAUAUUGUGGUGUCUUUAACCUAUGUAACAGCUAUUGAAAAGAACCACAUCGUUGUGGAUGGGACAUGCAUGAGAUGGUUCAGGUUUUACUUAGCUAACGACAAUGUGUGUGUGUGUGUGUGCACGUACUCCCCUGACACCCACCAUUACUCCCCUUGCCCCUUCUUCAUGUCUUGCAAUGAUGCCAAUUGCAAUGACGAUAUUGGUUUUUACAAUAUCAAAAUACUCUGCCUAGAAUUCACUGAAAUAAAAGCAGAAUUAAAUAUAAAUAGGUCGCUGAAUUAGCUAGACCAUAUUCCAGCUAUUCUCCAAUUUUUAACCAGUACAGGUCCACCACCGAUUUUCCUGUACCCUCGGUUCCAAAGCCUUACCCGUUUUGCCGGAACAAUAGAGGUCGCGGCCUCUGAGAGGAGUUCCAGAGCCCCGGGCCGCGGGGAACAAAUUUGACCCGCCAAUCGGCUGCGGAAGUCCCGAUGAGGUCGGGAUCGGCCACCUGACCCGGCCCAAGCCCCACAUUUUUGGGGGGACUUCUGGGGGGGGGGGGGGGGGGGUUUCAAGUGCAUUCUUGUAAUUUUGUCCGGAUUCAAGGAGGUGCCGGAUCACCAGUUGCCGGCAAAUCAGUGGUGGACCCGUAGCUGUAACAUAACGUACACUUGCAUGGAGCUGCGAUAUUGCCUACACAGCCAUAUACUGUGUAGCUGCAGGAAUCAAGUCUGUUUAGAUGGGUCGAGAUUUAUCCUGUUACUGAUUCCGAUUUUAGUCAAGCAAAUUUAAACUUGCUGCACUGUAACACAUCCCUAGUUUUAAGCCCUUCCAAGGCAGCAGCACCGAAUACUAUAAACCUGGACUUGCCCGAACUGUACCUGUUCUUCUACUGAAUUAAUACUUUAAUUCCCCAUGUACUUCUAAAACUGAACAAUACCUGCGUAAGUCAAGAACUCAAGUGCAACGGGACAGUUAAUCUCUUAUAGCCCUUCGAUAUAGAAUUACAAUUCAAUUAUGAAGCAAAGCCCCUCAAAUUUCUAAAACCACGGCAGAAAUGUUUCACACAUUUGGCUAAAAUCUGAAGAAUCCCACUCGCGAGUUUUCGAGCGAUGUCACCGAGCACUGGGGUGUCUUGGAGGAUGGAGCCACUGGACAAUCUUGGUGGACAGAUCCAUCUUGUCAGCACUGAUAGAGACGUCCAUUCUUACUGAGGGAGAAAUCACCCAUGUUAAAUUAUUGACUGUUUUAUUUAAGCCAUCUGUGACAAAUGAAGAAAAGUUGGCCGGGCAUGCAAAUACAGCGGUGCAUAUCAUGUUUACAUCCAAGCGGAGAUCUUAAAUGCUUCUUAAAUAGUAUAUAUUCACACAAAAUCUGUUAACUGAACUAAUGAAAGAUAAAUUGAACUUGGGGGCUUGAGAGGAGUAGG